CUGAGGAAGGAGAAGUCCCGGGAUGCGGCUCGCUCGAGGCGGGGGAAGGAGAACUUUGAGUUCUAUGAGCUGGCUAAGAUGCUUCCCCUGCCCGGCGCCAUUACCAGCCAGCUGGACAAGGCUUCCAUCAUCCGCCUCACCAUCAGUUACCUGAAGAUGAGGGACUUCGCCAACCAGGGGGACCCGCCAUGGAAUCUGCACAUGGAAGGCCCACCGCCCAACACCUCCGUCAAAGCUAUAGGAGAUCAGCGAAGGAGGACUCCCAGUGCGGUAGCCUCAGAGAUCUUCGAGCCAAACCUCGGGAGCCACAUAUUGCAGUCCCUGGAUGGAUUUGUAUUUACACUAAACAAGGAGGGAAGAUUUUUGUACAUCUCUGAGACGGUGUCCAUAUACCUGGGGCUUUCACAGGUGGAACUGACAGGAAGUAGUGUGUUUGACUACGUCCACCCUGGUGAUCAUGUGGAAAUGGCAGAGCAACUGGGCAUGAAGCUGCCCCCGGGCCGAGGCCUCCUCUCUCAGGGCACCGCCACCGAGGACGGCGCCAGCUCUGCCUCCUCCUCCUCACACGCAGAGACCCCCGAGCCAGUCGAGUCGACCAGCCCCACCAUGCUGCCCCCAGACAACACUCUAGAGCGCUCCUUCUUCAUCCGUAUGAAGUCCACACUGACCAAGAGAGGCGUCCACAUCAAGUCUUCAGGCUAUAAGGUGAUCCAUGUUACAGGCAGGCUGAGGAUCCAGAUGGCGUUGACCCACAGUCGGUCGGUACCCAUUCAGAUCAUGGGCAUGGUGGUGGUAGCCCACGCCCUCCCCCCUCCCACCAUCAACGAGGUGCGCAUAGACUGCCAGAUGUUUGUCACCAGGGUCAACAUGGACCUCAACAUUGUCUACUGUGAGAAUAGAAUUAGUGACUACAUGGACCUGAUGCCAGUGGACAUCGUAGGGAAGAGGUGUUACCAGUUUAUUCAUGCGGAGGACGUGGAGGGCAUCCGGCACAGCCAUUUAGACUUGAUAAACAAGGGCCAGUGUGUGACCAAGUACUACCGCUGGAUCCAGAAGAACGGUGGGUACAUCUGGAUCCAGUCCAGUGCCACCAUCGCCAUCAAUGCCAAGAACGCCAAUGAAAAGAACAUAAUCUGGGUCAACUACGUACUCAGUAAUCCAGAGUACAAGGACACGCCCAUGGACAUCGCCCAGCUGCCCAACCUUCCAGAGAAAGCCUCAGAGUCUUCAGAGACGUCCGACUCUGAGUCCGAGUCCAAGGAGAACUCUGACAACGAGAACUCCAAGUGGGACGGGAAGGGGAACCAGACUGAGAACACAGAGGACCCGGAAACAGACAGUAAAAAGCAGCAGCAGGGCCAGUCGUCCUCAGAGCAGGAGAUGAGGCGUCAGGAGGAGGGAGACAGCUCCUCCAACCCAGAGAGCCAGGAGAGCGAGGACGAUCUGGAGCCCAGCGACUGCGAGUUGGAGACCAAGGAGGGCAGGCUGGGCCGGUUGGGGGACCUGCACAUCAAGGUGGAGCACUACGGAGACAGAAACGGAGGGGUGGAGCUGCACGACUCGCCGUCCUCCUCUGAAGAAGAGGAAGAUGAUGAUGAUGAUGAUGAUUACGACAGCUUUAAAGACCGUGAUAGCGCCACCGAGACUCUCGCCGCCCCCGCUGCCAGUAAGCAGCAGAAGCGUAAGAAGAGGAGGAAAAAGCAGAAAUGGGACGGUAGUCGUUCUAAACGCCUGUGCCUCUCCUCUGCCACCCCCAGCUCUGGCACCAUGGUCCACCACACCUUCGGUGGGGACGCCCCCCUCCUGCCACCCCCCUCCCCUGCCAGUACCUCUGUGCUUAAGAUCAAAACGGAAAUGUCCGAGCCCAUCAACUUCGACAAUGACAGCAUCAUCUGGAACUACCCACCCAACAGAGAGAUCUCCAGGAACGAGUCUCCCUACAGCAUGACAAAGCCCGUCCCAGCCCACGAUACCUUCCCCUCCUCGCAGCCUGGCAGUCUGCAGAUCUCCAUCCCAGAUUCAGUGCUCACUCCCCCAGGAACAGAGGGAGGCGGUGGGGGCGGAGGUACCAGGAAGGGCGUACCCCCCUCCUUCAGCGGUUAUAGCAGUGCCCCAUCCUCGGCCUCCAGCGCUGCCAGCCUGGCCCCUCCCUCCGGCUCUGGGUCCUCCUCCGACCCCCUGUCCCCGCCCCUCUCGGCCUCGCCGCGCGACAAACAGCAUGGUCAGAGCACCCCCACCACCACCAGCUCCUCCCUGCUGUACACCAGCGACCUGGAGGCCCUGCAGAGGCUGCAGGCCGGGAACGUAGUGCUUCCACUGGUCCACCGGGUCACCGGCACCCUCGCCACGACCAACACUGCCGCCUCACGGGUCUACACCACUGGCACCAUCCGCUACGCCCCCGCCGACGUCACCCUGGCCAUGCAGGCAGGCGCCAACCUGCUGCCCAACAACGUUGCCCACGCUAUGAACUUUGUGGAUGUCAACGGUAGCCCCGGCUUCGGCAUCGACCCCAAGACGCCCAUGGAGAUGCUGUAUCAUCACGUCCACCGGCUCAACAUGGCUGGCCCCUUUGGGGGUACCGUGUCCGGCGCCAGCCUCACCCAGAUGCCAGCAGCCAAUGUAUUCACCACGGCAGAGGGACUGUUCUCCACUCUUCCAUUCCCUGUCUACAGUAACGGGAUACACACCACACAAACACUGGAGCACGAAGAAGAUUAAAGCAAAACACCAAGACCAUAUUACUGUGUUCAACUGUCAAAGACUCUUUGAGGCAUAGGACUGUGUUUCAAGUGGGAAAUAAAUAUAUUCUAGCACUUUGAAUUUGAGCAAUUGAGCUUGUGUAAUAUAAAUGAAUGGCUCCAUGUCUUUCUAGCUUUUCUCUCUCUCUCUAUUGACUCCCACUCUAUCAAUCUCUCAUCCUCUUCUUACUCCUCUUACAGUAUGAUCGAUGACAUUUUCUCUGAUCAAACUAAACUGACUAUUCUUUAUUGUAAAGAAUUCAUUUUUGCCAGCAGAGAAUUCAUAUUACCGUUUGUCUCCUACUGGAGUCUUGGGUAAACUUAAGCAAUAAGGCCCGAGGAGGUGUGGUAUAUGGCCAAUAUACCACGGCUAAGGGCUGUUGU